CGACGAUGUGCCUUCACAAGCCACUGGACCUCAUCAACUUGCUUGGUUGAACGACCUUUGAUCAGCCUCCGCAAAAUCAACUACCUUUACGAUGAGCGCGACAACAAACGAGGCCAAGGCCCUCCAAGCUUGUGUUGCGUGUCGAAAGCAAAAGCGAAAAUGCAAUAAGGCCCUGCCGCAAUGUUAUCUAUGUGUCCGCAUGGGACGAAGGUGCGACUACUCUGAUAUUACACCGAGUCCCAAUGCCGACGACUUUGCGAAUCUUCGCCAGCAGGUCACAAGUCUCGAGGCUCGCCUUCAAAGUCAAAAUCGGAAUGCAGGUCUCGGAUGGAACGAGCCUAUGCGACCCAUCAACUGGAACUCUGCUUCCAGCGGCAGCGAUUCCAGAUGUGGACUCGACGCCACGAUUUUCCCUUCCGUCUUCUUCCUCGACACCGAGUUCUUCAACGAGGCACAAAUGUCGAAUCCAAAGCCAACGUUUCCGGUUCCUCAGGAUGUCGCAAACACGUUGGGAACAUCCAUCCUUGACAUCCAGGAUGUCGUUGAUCGGUAUUUUGCCAACAUCCACGUCUGGCUUCCAUUUGUGUCGAAAAAGCGAAUGGAGUUCGCUUUGUGCAACCCUGGACUUGAGUUGACCGCUGAUUUCGCACUUCUUCUACUGGCUAUGAAGCUGAUCAUACAGGUACCUACUGGGGGACCUCGGGGCGCCAUCUCUCCGCUGUACUUAAUGACCAAGAAAUACUACGCAGCUGUUGAGGCAGCCGGGAUCAUCUCGCUUCAGUCCUUACAAGCCAAUCUCCUCAUUGCAACUUACGAGAUCGGGCACUCUAUCUACCCGGCCGCAUAUGUCACGACCGGCCAUUGCGCCCGGAUCGGACAUGCACUUGGCCUUCACAAUCGUCGUGAUGCGCCACAGCUCAUCAAACGAAAGUCUGGGGCUUGGGCGGAAAUAGAAGAAGCCAGACGAAUCUGGUGGGUAGUCAUGUUGUUGGAUCGAUACGUUAAUCUGGGGAGCUAUCAACAUCCACUUGCCACAGGCGACCCGGCAAUGAAUGAUUUGUUGCCGGCAGACGAUGAGCUAUGGGAUGAGGGACAACCAACGACGAGCGAACCUCUCUAUGUCUCGAGCGCCUCGAAAGUUGGAGCUAGUGCGUUUGCCCGCUGCUGUCAAGCCACCCAUCUGAUUGGGAGGUUGAUCCGACUCUUGAACGACCGCCCUAGCGACGCGACGCUUCGUUUUCCCGAGGCUAUUCAAUUACAUCGAACCAUCCAAGCAUUAACAAAUCUUCUCCCCGAUGACGUUCAACGUGCGCCACAGAGAUUCGGCACAGCGCUGGCGCUGUGUCACGGUGCCUUGUUGCACCUCUACGAUCCAUUCUGCUGCACAGAGGAGAACCGUGGUGAGCAUACGGUGGAAGAAAUGGAAAUGCAAACCAUUUCCCUCAAUGGGAUGAAGGCUGUUGCGUCCGACGUGCUUCACUUCAGCCGGACUAUGCGCGUCACCAUGGAACAAGAUCCCGCUGCCAUCAGUCCCCUCAUGGCUGAUUGUUUGUACACCGCCGCAGCGACGUUUGCGUGGAUGGUGUAUGAGACCGGAACGAGGGAUGAUGCUGAAGCGUACCAUUUUCUUAGGAAGCUGCUCGAGAUUAUGAGUGCUCGAUGGUCAGUCGCAACACAAUACCUGGCUAUAUUAGACAAGGCUCGUGUGCUCUUAUACCCACAGGCGGCUCUGUUGUUGGAGAUCAAUGGAUGAACAAGUGCAGCUUAGCCAAGCCAGCGCUGAGCUCCAUCUCAUUUCAUCUGAAUGUCUCUUUCGAGCUGAUCGUGUGAUGGACUGUUCUCGCUCUUGCUGUUGAGCCAUCGACCAGGAUGCCAGUAUAUGAGAAGGUAGACUGCAACCACAAUUGGAAGAAACUCCAAGCAUCCAAAGAAGACUUCAUGUGUCGACAGGUACUCCAACAAGCCUUCAGCGGUCUCGGCCAACCGAAAGCAGGUACGAAGGUAUACGGCGAGUGCAGCUAUGAAGAUGGCGGCGGAAAAUCGCUUGAGUGCUUUGUCCAUGACUCGUCUGGCCCUGAUGACGAAAAUAGUGAGGCAGAUGAGGAAAAGGGCAAAUGCGAAGACCUGGAACGCCAGACCCGCCAGCAGGAUGUUGUUGGGAGUUGUUGGGUCUUUCUGGUCCGAGUAGGCUCUACCAACGAGGGCGGCUCCCGUGAUUUGGACCACGGUUGCAACGACGUCGCAAACAAUGAAGAUCCAGAGGAUGAGUCUCGGCGAAAGAGGUGCGUACGUUCGGCCAACGACAUUGAUCAUGACGGAAAUGAUGGUGUAAAUUGCCGCGGAGAAGAAGACAGGAGCCACGACAAUGCAGAAGUACUGGGCCACAAAGUAUGAUACGGCAUAUGGGUUUUUCUGCGACGCCAGCAAUCGAAACACAUACCCAAUCACCUCCAUGACCAGGCCAAUGAUAGUGGUGCUGAAAUACCAGGUUCGAUGUCGAACAAGGAGGAAGAUGUGGGCUCCUAGUGCGAUGAUGAACAAGACUACUCCCAGGAUCCCAAGUGCGAGAGAUGGAACAUAUCUAACGGUUGGGUUAGUGUCUUGAAACCAGACCCAUGGCAACGCGCCGUCCGUCGUGCUUGGAUCCAACUCACCCGUAGAUGAUUAUACAUGCCGAGUCAUCAGUGUUGGGUCUUGGGAAAUUGGGGUCGACAUAUCCAUAAGUGAUGCGACUACAGUCGUCGGCCAUUGUGGCAAGCAGGGGCACGAGUGUUCGAGGGUCGUGGCAAUCAAAGCAGCGUAGGUAGAGUCGGAUAAUAUAUACAAGACUUGUAGGUGGA